AUGGCUACUGUUACCCAGGUUUUUUUUAUUAUGUUUAAUAAAAGCAUGUGGAAUCUUUAUCUUGUGAAUUCAUACACCGAGAAGUACAAAUAUCUAGUAAAAAGUACACUGGAGGCAUGUGUAAGCGGUUCCCCGUCCAAUAAAACCGCAAAAGUAUUGGAUUUAAAGAAAAAUGAAAUGGAGUGGGUUUUGAAUCAUCUUGGGCACUCGAUGGAAGUUCAUAAAAUCCAUUAUAGGCAUACUAGUGAUGUCAUUGAAAGGGCAAAGGUGGCUAAACUUCUCCUUAUGCAAGACAACGAUAAAAUAGGGGCUUUUCAACACAUGUCUUUAAAUGAAAUUCAGAUGGAAGGUAUUUAA